AUCCGUAUGUCUAAGUACAUAUGCACGUGCUCCAAAGUUUACUGUCAGUGUCUUCUCUGUAUAGUAUUCGUUACUGUUCGUACGUUGAUGUGUAAUCCUAUAUAGACCCAUGUAUAUAGCCGUGAUACAUAUUAACAAUUGAUCAUGUUACGUCUGUUCCAUUGCAUCAGAGAAGUGAUUUACAGGCGUGUAAAUAUCACUGGAUUUACUCUUAACAUGAACCCAUUCGAGGCGGGUACCUUUAACUGUCAGUUUUGCUGUCUUAUUCUAAAUUUAGAUAAAAAAAAUGUAACAUAAAAUACAACAUUCCGUCAUAUUCCCGGAAGAUCACCUUCAGAGAUACUACGAAUAGUAUAUACUGACAAACUACAGGUGAGUGUUCAUGGCGACUCAGACAUCAGUCUCUGUUGGUUUAAAAUCAACUUGACUUAGUAACAUUCGUAUUUCAUCUAGGACAUACUGUCCUAUCAUCCUGAACUCAUCGGGUGUUGUCACCAAAAUUAGUAUAUUCCCAGAUGAGUUCCGAAUGACUGUCCUAUACCCGGAAGACUGAGAUAUAUGUACUAAGAAGUGUUGCCGCCAUAUUGACAGAUAUUAGCGAUAUGGCGGCCCAGACACCAAUACCUGGAUGUCCGCGCCAUGAAGGCAUGGGAUUCAUUUACGUGUGCAAGUCGUGUGAGGAUCAGUUACUUUGUAUGGACUGUGUUACGGAGAGUCACAACGGCCACACACUGGGUAAACUGACUGAUAACGUGGCCGAGCAGAAACGGGAAAUACAGCAGUUUGUUGACAAGCUUUCCAAAACCGACAUUCCCGAAAUCGAGAAGGAUAUCCGUGAAUGCGAGACAAAUAGUGAAGGAUAUCAGAAGGUUAUCAGUGAUAUUAAACGUCAGGGGAAACAGCUGAAAGACAACAUCGAUAAUGCCAUUGACUUGUUAGUGAAGAUGUGUACCGAACUAGAGAAACUGAAUACAAGUAUUUCUGAGGAAAACCAAACUGCACUAACCAAACAUCUGAGAGAGGACCUAAAACCUAAACUGGAUAGAUGCCAGCAGGUACUGACAUCCGGUUCAACUGUUGACGUCACUACAUUAACGCGGGAAAUCAGGAAUACCUCCGUUCACCCACCCUCUCAUAAACGUCUGCAGACAGUGGAGUUCAAAGCCGGGACCAUCUCAAUUGAACUGCUUAAACGCAUGCUUGGUAAGAUACUUGUCGACGGGGAAGAUCAAUCCUACAAACAAAUUCCAAAACCUGUGGUCCUGUCCGAGUUUACCACGUCGUUUCUUUUCAAUGUAUGUCGUACAUGUCUUACUGGUGACGAGGCAUGGUUAUCGUUCAUGCAUAGUGAAAGCUUGUACCGGAUGGACUUAAAAGGCAAUGUGAAGAAAAAGAUCGAGUGUAAAGGUCAAAGUCCAAUCGAUCUCCGUAUCCCCGACCACAGGCAGAGUGUGGUUCUGUGUGCGUGAUGACCGAAGUAUCCGGGAAAUCACGACGGGUGGUGACGUCGUUACACGCUUUCACCGUUCAGAUCACACCAAUUUCUCUGUGUAUCACUAGUGAUGACAUGGUAGUGGUGGGGAUGUAAGGAGGAAUACAACUGUACACUACAUACGGCCGGGCAGUGUCAGCUGGAGCGGGCAGGCCUUGUCGACAGGUGGCAGUGUGGCCUCAUCACAUGGUGUCCUGUACACUUACCGGGGAUGUGACUGUUGUUGAUAGUGACGGUAUAGUUGUUGAUGACUACUUGGCGGGAAAGAAUCCAGACAAACAGCCACACGUCAUCGUGAUGGGUAAACACCUAAACCUGAAGUUUCGCUGUAAAGACGUUGGUACAACUAAAUCAAACAGAAGUUCCAAACAGUCAUCAAAGUUUUACCCGUACGAUGUUUGUUUUGAUGGAGUUGGUGAUAUCCUAGUAGCGGAAUGGAUCACCAAGUCAGUGCUACUGAUUGACGGGAAUACUGGACGCUGUAUGAGGACUGUGUAUACAUCUGAUGGAAGUGAACCAUGGUGUAUCAGUCUACACGAGGACGGUACCCUCUGGGUCGGACACAGCAAUAAGAGAAUGAAGAUAAUGACAUACAAAUAGAUGUUGGACAGAAUGAUCUUUACGUGCCGUGGAUAAGAAACUAGAAACUAAAACUUAAACCAUUGUAUACAAUAUACUUUCUAUUCUUGACUAAUAACCGGAUACUAAUUAUUUGAAAUAAAUGCAAUAUGUUAUGGAGAGAACUUUAAUACAGGCUUAGCCUGAUGUUCAAUUCAUUUGAUUUCAAAUAAAAUAUGUUGAUGAAACAAAUUUGCCCUAUAUUGUAUCACAAGAUACCACAUUUUACGUACAAGAUAAAUAAUUUUGUAGUGAUCCAAAUACGCCGCGGUGCUAUUGUCAUAUCCAGAAACCGUCAUUUCUUAUGUAAGUGUAUAUGAACGAUACAAUGUAAUUUGUGUCCGUCUCAGGAAGUUUUUUUCCAUAUUUAGUUUGAGAGAAUAGAACAGACCUUGGAAACAAAACAUGUGUUUGAACAUUUCCUCGACUGUACAUCCUUACAAAUCUAAUCCCUAAACCAAUCAACCAUUUUGUCGGACAUUAUUUUGUUAGGAAAGCUAAUGUUCCUGAAUAUGAGCAGGAAGAUAACGCUCAUAAAUAAAUAAAUUUCAAAAGAAUAAAAAAGUAAAUGGUGAUUUAUAUAUAAUAAAUUAACUAAAAGUCAAUGUUCCUGUUACUUAUUUUAUCAAUACCAGUUAAAUUGUAAGGAAUAACGAACACCCGUCAAUUGUUUAACAGUUGAUGUUGCCAAAAUUUCCAAUCCGCAUUUUGGACGCAAUAUACGGUAGAUGACUGACCAAUAAAGUUGCAAGCUAUAUUUUCGAACCGCAA